AUGAAGGAGCUGAAAGCAGCAGCACCAGCCAAACAAGACAUUUUAAGGGACUACCUUGCAUACUAUGGCACGAAGUGGUGGGAAGGAAAACUUUUGAUCUGCAACGAGACAACGAUAAAAACAAAAGCUAAACACUUCCUGGAGUCUGAUGCCUGCCCUGCUGAGAGAUUUAGCAGGUUUGGCUUCUACAGCAUUGCAGAGAACUGCUUAAAAAUGAAAAAGCAACAAGGAGGCAAUGUUUUCAAAAGCCUGAUCCAAGCUUUCGAGUUCCUAGAGCUGCUCUGCAUCAACCUGUUCCUCUCUCCUUGGAGAAAAGAAAUAAAGUCGCUGAAGACGUUUACAGGUAAUUUUGUCUACUCUGUUCAAUCAGUGCUCCCAGAAAACGUAGUAAAAACAAUACUGGAGAAAAUAGGUUACAUUGCAACAACAGCAACAGAGUAUUCACUUGUCAGAAAGAUAAAUGAGGAGGAAACAAAAGAGACUGCAUUUGAAAUAUUUCUUGCAAGAAUCGAGUGUGAAACCAUCCUUGAAAUGAUAAACGAAGUGCAACACAGUGAUUUGGGGGACAUUCUACAGAGGAGAGCACAAAUGCAUUGGUAUCAUGAAGAGAACAAGGACAGAGAGAGUCAACCCUUCCAGAGAGAGGACUCUGAAAAUCUGGGAAACAAAGAAAAUAAUGAGAUUUCUUCAUGCCUUGGUGCUCAACAGAAGUCCUCAACAAAGAGUGAGAAAUCCUUUGAAACUGCUGGAAAUAGUAAGAUCAAAGAUGAAUCCCAUUUUAAACCUGCUGCUGCUAUGCCUCAGUUACCAUCAGCUCAGUCCACUAGCAGGCUUCAAGCACACCAAAGGCAAGUCAGUGAGUCAGCACACUCUCAUGGCAAAUGCUCAGAUAGCGAAGACUUCUUGAACAAAUACAGUGACAUUGUCAUAAGACAAAAGCCUAUCUUCAGUGAGAAUUCUUCUCAGAAAGCGUUCGAAGAGAAGCUAAGAGGCGAUCAGAGUGAAGAAUGCGUUUUGGUGAUCUCAACACCGUUGACAGCAAAUGAAGCUGGCCCCAAACCGCUCUCACCAGGUGCAAGCGGCCCACAAGCCUUUGCAAUAUUUACUGACGCUACUCCUGAAAGCAGAAAUGCCCUUGAUAAAUACAGAGCCCAAGAGGUCCCUGAAGAAACCAUUGAAGCAAAAAUCAGUGAUGCCAUGAAUUGCAUAGGCAACCCCACAAAUCCUGCAGAUCAACCCCAGGAGCUGAAGCCCCUGUCCCAUGGCAACACAGUUGUUACGGAAUGUAAUUUAACCAGAGAAGACAAAGUUUGUGAAGUGUCUUUAUCUUUUAGCAAACUAAAAAUCCAGGAAGCCAGUGAUGAAGAGCUUAUGUAUCCAGUAGAGGAAACUGCACAACCUGAGUGUAUAAUGAAUGUAAAUACAAGUGAUAAAGACUCCAGAGAAUGCAAUCACUCCAAGAUGAAAUAUACAUAUCCAUCUAGGGUUCAGACAACAAAUAAAGCACCUUUCAGCGUUGGUCAGUCUUCCUCAAACCUACCUGGUAAUGCCAGUGGGGGCCCUGAGUGUCCUACCACUGGCUCAGAUAACAAGAGACUAUUAAUGGAUAUGCCUGGUACACAUGCAACUUCAGAGGGUUUCAGAUAUAUCAGAGAGCCACCUAAUCUCACUUACAUCCCUCCCAGAAGUAUUUAUGUUCCACCUUCAGGCCCUAGCGCCACCACUGUGAAUUGUAGGAAGAGCCACUUACAGCCUGAAGGAGGCUUGCUUGAGUCCUCUUCAUCUACAGACAAAGGAAAGUUUGAGACUCACACUUCAAACAUGAAUGAAGCUAACCAAGAGGACUAUGUAUUUAUCAUGAAGGAUGGUGAAUAAGGAAUGCCAGGCCCAUGUGAUUCUGCCAAUGCCCUUCGCUGUUGGUCUACAACAUACAUGUAUUUCCAGGCUGGUCUUGGUCCUCUCUUGAGCAAAGAUUUGUCAUACCAAAGCACGUGCUGCUUUUGGGUAGUGAAGAAAGGGUCCAUUAGAGUCUGUUCUAACUAUUUUUCUUCAGUGAUCACACUGAUACUCAGGUGCUCAGCCUUGAAUGCUCGCCUGUCUUUAAUUUGUGUGUAUUAAAAAUGAGGAUAAAUUCACAAAUGUAUUUGAGAUGAUGUAUAAGUUAGACACCAGGGCCUGCUGUAUUUGGCUUCUGACAGAUUUUUCAAAUGCAUAUACUGCCACUUUUUCCUCUUUCUCUCUCAAACAAGUUAUUCUUGCAGCAAGGCAGCAAAUUUACCUCAAAGAAUGAAAUAAAGUCUUAAAUGGUGUGCAAUGGGAAAAACAGAUAAAUGUUUCCAAAUUAAGAUUCAGUUUAUAGCCUCUCCCGUGCCACGUUAAAAUUACGUUUGAAGCUCAUCUCCAGUUGCUCAUAACAUUUCAGUGAAGUUAACGUUUGAGAUAAUAUUCCUUUUGCUUGUUCUCAGUCCUAAGAUUGAUUUAGAAAGUUUGGUAAAAUUCUGUUUGAACGUUCAGAAAAAAAACACCAGAGGUAAAACACACUCUGCUAAUGUAUUUUUGCAUUAGAAUAAUCCCGUGGGUCUUCUAAAUAUACUUGAUUCUAUACAAUUAUAGGUUUUGAUACUUGCCUCUGUUUGCUACCACCAAAUACCACCAAAAAAAUUGUUUUUUCUUAGGCCCCAGUUCUGAAAUUCAACUCUCUGACACAAACCCUUUAUGUCUGUACAAAAUCCUGUUCAACUCAAUGGUGCUUAGCGCAGGAAAAGGGACUUUCCUCAUGAAUCAGAUAGCUGGCUUGGGGCCUUAAUGAGGACUAGUGCCUUUAACCAAUAUGACACAAAUUGUUAUUAAUGAAGUUAUAACCAUUUGAAAACUACAUGCUUCUAUUGCACUAUACAUGGUUUUCUACUAACUUUUUAGCAAUAUAAUGAAGUUCCAUACUCCAGCUAUGCUCCCAUGUACAUAUACACCAAGAUUUUCAAAAAUACAUGCUAAAGUUAGAACCAAAGGUAGGCUCCUAAAUAAGUAGCCUGAGUGCUGACCAGCCACUGACUUCAAUGGGAGUUGGUUUUGGUCACUUAUUCAGAAGCCCUCUAUUGUCAAACUUAAGCAUUCAAAAAUCAUGAGUCAGGCCCAUACGAAUAAUGGAAUUUUUUUGGUAUAUAUGUUUCAGUUUCUUGCCUUGUCUUCUCGGUUUUGAUUCCUUAGGGUUCACAUUUUCAAUUUUUUCUCCAUGAGGGCUAGAAACACACUUUAAACACCCCCCC